AUGAAAAUGAAGCUUAAUCUGGGUUUUAUCUUUAUCAACAGAGGCUCCGCCUUGGGACAAGCUCUAACCUGGUUCCUUAUGUGCCUAGCGGCGUGGUGGUAUGCCAUGUUUAGUGUCAGACUCGACUCAUCACGUAUAGGCUGGUCGUGGUCAGCGCUGGACGACUGGGGCCACUUCUUGAAGCUCGGGAUGGAGGGUUACGCUGUGUUACUGACGGACUGGUGCGCGUUUGACAUGGCUAUACUUAUUGCAGGAUACCUGGGCGUUGUGGAACAGGGGGCGGUUUCCGCAGCUCUACACUUAGAGAUGAUUGGCUACAUGAUCUUCCGAGGCCUCGGAACCGCCUGUUGUAUUAGAGUCGGUCAGAACCUCGGGGCCGGAGACAGUGAAGGUGCAAAAACUUCCUACCGGGUGUCAGCCAUGUUGACGGGAAGUGUGAUGGUAGUAACUGGCUUGACAAUUUUAUUUCUCAAGGACGUCCUACCAUGGUUAUUUACAACAGAUCCGACCACUGCUGAUUUGGUGUCCCGCAGUAUACCACUCCUGGUGGCCGUAAUGCUGGUUGAUGCUGUAUUGACUACAAAAUACCCUGAAUGUGGGGCUACUGAAAGCCUGCUGAAUGACCAUUGUUCCUCUUAUAACGGUAUGUCCAGCGGGUGUCAGCCUUUACAGUUCUGCACAUUUAGCUCAGUCCUCAUGGAACUGUUUGCUGAUUGCAAAUCCAUUUUGAGUUAA